UGAAAGCUCCAUAACUAGGAAAGCUAGCUAGCCUUUUGAGGAAGUCUUUCUCAAGUCCAGGGAGCCUGAAGUCUGAGGGUCCUGAUAUAUCUUUCGCAGCUGAAACUAAUCAUUCGCAGCUGUGGGUAACAAGGCUUCAGCGGUUGCUGUCAGUCUGCUGAUCAAUAGUGUCACGAUCAGCUUCUGUAAAAUAUAUUCUGUUGACUUCCAGCUAUAUAGUCACGCCGAUUUCAUAACAUGGCGGCCCUUCAGGCUGGAAAUGCGGUUCACUGCUCUCAGACACCGAAGAGCAUUUCGAAUCCAUCCUCGAAGAAGUCAGUUGUUAAUGCUUCUUUCUCCCGAUCAACUUCACCUGCAACCCUUCAUUCCAACUUCAAGUCUCACGCAAAGAUCGAAAGUGGGUCAGCUUCCUUCCGGAGAGCUAUCCGUGCCGAGGCAUUUCCGGACGCUCAACAGAACGGAGCAGCGACAGAAAAGGCCUCUGCAUUGAUCCUUAUCCGCCAUGGGGAGUCUCUCUGGAAUUCCAAGAACCUCUUCACGGGCUGCGUGGACGUUCCACUGUCAGAGAAGGGUGUCAACGAGGCCAUUGAAGCCGGAAAGCGGAUCUCCGAGAUCCCCGUGGAUGUCAUCUUCACCUCCGCCUUGAUCCGCGCUCAAAUGACCGCCAUGCUUGCAAUGACGCAGCAUCGCCGAAACAAGGUGCCUGUCAUCCUGCACGAGUACAGCCAGAGGGCCAAGGACUGGAGCCGAAUCUUCAGCCAGAACACGGACGAGGAGAUCAUUCCCGUCAUCACCGCGUGGGAGCUCAACGAGCGCAUGUACGGCGAGCUGCAGGGGCUGAACAAGAAGGAGACGGCAGACAAGUACGGCGAGCUGCAGGGGCUGAACAAGAAGGAGACGGCAGACAAGUAUGGCACGGAGCAGGUGACCCUCUGGCGCCGGUCCUACGACGUGCCGCCGCCCAACGGGGAGUCCCUGGCCAUGUGCGCUGAGCGCGCCGUGGCGUACUUCAAGGACCACGUGCAGCCGAGACUGGCAGCAGGCGAGAACGUGCUGAUCGCGGCGCAUGGCAACUCGCUCCGGGCUAUUAUCAUGUACCUCGACAGCCUCACUUCACAGGAGGUCAUUGAGUUGGAGCUGUCAACGGGUAUCCCCAUGCUCUACAUUUUCCAGGGCAGCAAGUUCCUUCGCAGGGGCUCUCCUCUUCGCAAUAGUGAUAUCGGCGUCUUUGCACUCACAGAGGACUUGGCACAAUAUAGAACCAUGCUGGAUACUAUUUCUGAAGGACGGGGCUGACUGCAGUAAAUAAUUGAAAAUCGGAAUAAUCAGUAGUGUCGCCCAUUUGAAACUGUUGUGCAACCAAUGUGUGCACAAGUUAUAGUCUAUGGUGUGCUCAGGCAGUUGCACCACUGGUCAAUGUCCAAAAUACCUAGCUUUGCAUGGCUAGGUAGUUAAGCAUAUUAUUGAGAAAGCUUGCUUUCUUGUCCUUUGCAAUAGGCAUCGUUCUCAUUUCAAGUGGCACGGUACAAUAGUCGCUUACUAGCUUAUAAGAAUCUAAACAUACACGCA